AUGAAUGGCUUUUCAGCAUCAUUGAAAUGGAACUACAUUAGCUUAUCGGAUAGUUCGACAAAUUAUUCUGAUUUUAUUUUGCCUCAGGAAAUCGAAGACGCACAUGAAGAGAACGAGUUUUUCAUGACCAUUGUCGGGACAUCUGUGAUCAUCUUGGCGUUGAUGGGUAUUCUAACAAAUAUUCUUGUACUUGUACUAUCAUUCUGUCACGUUACUGGAGAUUUUGGAAACUUCGUUGCCAACCUUGCUGUUGUGGAUAUUGUAUGUGGAAUUUUCUUCGUUUUUAUGGGAUGCGUUAAUGUGGAGGAUAACAAGGAACUUUUCUCGCCUUGGCUAAUGAAAUAUUCGACACUCACCUUUUAUGGAUCGUUCAGUGUGAUGGUAUGCGCACUUGUCCCGAUUUCUCUAAGCCGAGUUUUUGCUUUAACAAAAUCUCAUCUGUAUAGUUGGCUUUUUUCUGGUCGUCGCUCACUUGCUGUCUGUUUAUUAUUCGAUAUCAUCCCAAUUGGAGUUUUACUGUUGAUUAUGAUUGUGGAUGAUGAGCACGCUAAGUGGUUAUAUUUCAUCUAUAUUGGAUUCACAGUGCUCUCCUAUAUUGUUGCUUUUUUGUCAAAUUACAUCGUUUUUCGGACUGUUGCACGGCAUAUUCGAGUGAUACAAAAUCUCCGUGAUCAUGUACGAUUGUUGGAAACCAGGCAAAUUGCUCUUGCAACAUUUGCGCAAGCUAUUAUACCAUUAAUAUCUCAGGUACCAGCAUUCCUCACAUUAUCCUCAAUCAUGCUGCUGACAGAACCAACAACAAAUAGAACCGUAAUUGCUAUCACUCAGCUGGGAUUAGCAGCAAAUCCGUUACUUGACGCUUUGAUAACAAUAAUUGUUAUUAAGCAAUAUAGGAGAGAAACAGUUGCCUGUCUUUAUUCAAUGGGUAGAUCGGCAUGCGGUAUUCGGAAAGCGAGCAAUCUGUACGAUGAGACUAAGGUGGUUUUAGAGAUAAGGCUAUGA